AUAAGUCAUCAACAGCUGAUUCCACUAUGACGGUUCAUUGGUCAAACACCACCUACAGACAAACGAAUGAACCGCUUGGUUAAACAGCUGAUUUUCAACACGUGCGUUGGUGUAUAAGGAAGGUAGUUGAGAUCUGAAACAAUGGGACAAGAUAGAAAUUCCGAAACUGACUUGAUAGAAAAUACUAAUACUAUAUGUUUUCAAGCUAAAAAACAGAAAAGGCAUGAAUGCACUUAUCCUGGUUGUAAAGCAAUUUUUUAUAGACCAUCCCGAUUAGCCAGACAUGUCAGACUUCACACUGGAGAGAAAAGCCAUAAAUGUAAUUAUCCAAACUGUGAUAAAGCUUAUACAAAUUCUUCCCACUUGAAACGUCAUAUGGAGACUCAUAAUACAACAAAAACUAUAUUUCAGUGUACAGAGUGUUCAUUGUUUAUUGUUCAUCGACAUAAUUUAAAGCGCCAUUAUAGAACACAACAUGACCGUGGCAAAUUAACUUGUAAAAUAUGUAAUGAGUCUUUCACAAAAAAGUACCAGCUUGCUACACAUAUGGCAACACAUGGUUCAGUAUCAUAUAUCUGUGAGAAAUGUGGCAAAAGUUUUAUAAGUAAUCCAAAAUUAAAGAGGCACAGGGAAAUUCAUGAAAAACGAUAUCCAUGUACUGUGCCAGGGUGUAAUGAAGUUUUAGAGAAAUGGUUACUUUUUCGUGCUCAUUUAAAAACUCAGCAUGUAAAAAGUCAUAAAUGUACAUAUUGUGGUAAAGUAUUUCUAUCUAAAUCUCAUUUAAAAAUGCACUUUCAAGUUCAUAUGAAACACAGAUUAGUUUUAUCUUGUCCGUAUGACAAAUGUCCACGAGUUUAUUGCUUUCAAAAAAAUUUGGAUCAGCAUAUACGAGUUCACCAUUUAGAACAGAAGUACGAGUGCGACAUAUGCAAACUAAAGAUUUCAUCAAAAGCAAAGUUAAGAAAUCACAUUCAGAACUUACACGUGUCAGUAAAGCGAAUACAAAAGACUAGAAAAUCGCAGCGUAAAAGAAAGGAUAUUGGAUUACCAAAAAGAAGUAUGGUAUCUAAAUUGACUGGAGUGAUAUUACCACCACAAGUAGAAAAGAUAAUAUUAGAACGAGAAGUCGUGCGUAGCUCAGAAACAUAUGAAACUGUAUUAAACACAGACUCAGAUUUGUAAUCCACAAAUUUGUAUACAAUAAAAAUUGCAAAUAAAGUAA